GGAGCGGGAGCGGGAGCGGGAGCGGGAGGGAGGGUGGGGGCCGCGGCGGGCGGCCCGGCGGCCUCCUCGCGCGACCCCCGAGCCCCUCGCCCGGCCCCUCGGCCGGAGCCCGCCAGCAGAACUCGGGGGGAAGCCUUGCUGGACCGGACGAAAGCGAGAGGGACCCGGAGGACCCGCCUGGAUGGGGACCAGAGAGGAACAGAUCUGCCUGCUAACCCUAUCAAACCGUGUGUCCUUGUGCUGCACUCAUUUAAUGACCUCGCCCUUUGUUGCGGCAUGCAGGAUCUAGUUCCUGGACCAGGGAUCGAACCCGGGCCCCCUGCAUUGGGAGCGCAGAGUCUUAACCACUGGGCCACCAGUUACCAAAAUCCCAGCAGGAUGUUGAGAAAUCAACCAGCUGACAGAAAUGCAAAGGACAAGACUAUCCAAGGUCUCCGUUGCUGUGCGCGGACUUUCUCCAGUUGCGUACGCAGGAUCAGUUUGAUCUCUGGAGGAGCUGGAAACUGAAUAACUAAGGUCAGCCACGUGGAUGCUCCAUGACUGUGAGACCUGACCCUCACUGAAAGCCCUGGGCAUGAAGUCUCAGGAUGCUGAUACAUUUCCCCCAAAGCCAUGGACCCAGAUAGAAACUCCUGCUUUCCAGUCCCGACAUUGGAAGAUGACGAUGAAGUUGAUACAUGAAGAAGCACAAAUUGGACAGCUGACCCUAAUAAAUCAUAGAGGAGGAACAGGUGACAAGCACACACUCGUACCCACGUGACUUCACUUCUACCAGCUCGCUCCAGCACAGGACAAGCGGCAGGUGUGGGUCACCCGCCCCUGUGGCAAGCCGCUGACGUGGUGAGAAGGACAGAGCAGAGGCAGGACCGGGCUGUGCUGAUCUGAUAAGAGGAUUAAGUUUCGGCUUCCCUCCCACCAUCCCUGAUGCCCUCGGACUAAGCAGCUGCCCCGGCUCAGCUCUUCCUCGGAUGCAAAACGUCUCUCUGCCCAGUUUCUGAGAGCCAAGGAUGUUCCAGUUGUGGCAGAAGGAGCUCCUGAUGGUAAGACUGAUCUGGGUUUCUCCUGUCAUACACACAGCUCCAGCAGGAAGCAGGAGGGGAAAGUGGAUUGUGUGCCGGGGGAACCCCGUAUCGUCCAUGGGAGGCUGUAAGUGUGCCAAAUGCACUUUAAGAAGCCCCUUCCCAGGAGAGGCUCAAAACCCGGAGCAACGGAAUCUGCGGAGUGGGACACAAAGCACGACCGCCAGAGCCGAGCAUGCGCAGUAGCCCGGCCCAGCCCGGCCGCUCUCGCCGCUGGGGGAGGGUCAUCCGAGCCUGACGUUCGCGACGCCGUCGUCAGCGCCCCGGGAAGAGGAGGGCGAAGACUCCAUCCGCCAUGUUGGAUGCCGCAGAUUCGCCAUAACCGCGCCGGCUCUUUUCUUAAAAAAAUAAAAAUAAAAAGCGAAGCAUCAGCGGAGCGCCCCGCCUUCUCGGUCGGCGCGGGAGGGGGCCCGGAAGAGCCCGAGGCUUUUUUUUCCUCCGCGGUGGGGGCGUUGCCAUGGAGACGCGGGCGGCAGAAAACCCAGCCAUCUUCAUGUGUAAAUGUUGUAACCUUUUCUCACCAAGUCAAUCGGAACUCCUCUCCCACGUUUCUGAGAAGCACGCAGAAGAGGGGGUUAAUGUGGAUGAGAUCAUCAUUCCCCUGAGGCCUCUGAGUACCCCUGAACCCACCAACCCAGGCAAAACCGGAGAUGUGCACCUCUUGGCUCCACUACCAUGUCCAGAACUGACCCGAGGGCCACAAGACUCAGCAGAAAGAUCUGGGCGGCGAAGAAGGAACCCAGAUCCUGGGUCUGCCAGCUCAGUGGAAGUUUCUGGAAAAUGUGCCAAGUCCCUUCAACCUUUGGAGUUUUCGGUCAUGAAGAGGAAGAGAGGCAGGCCAAAGGGGUCCACGAAGAAGGCCAGCCCCGAAGAGGAACUGGCGGAAAACAACGUUAUUCCCAGCGGGGACAGCCUGCGGGCCCCGGAGGGAGGGGGCAGCCUGGCUCCCAGCAGCCUGGAGUGCAGCAAGUGCUGCCGGAAGUUCUCCAACCCACGCCAGCUGAGGAAGCAUAUCUGCAUCAUCGUGCUGAACCUGGGCGAGGAGGAGGGAGAGGCAGGUAACGAAUCUGACCUUGAACUGGAGAAGAAGUAUAAGGAAGAUGAUCGAGAAAAGGCCCCGAAGAGACUGCGGACCCAGAGAGUGGAGAAAGUCCAGAAGGUCUGCUCGGGAAAAGAGGCCGCGCAGAUCUCUGGAGCCAAGAAGCCCAUCAUAAGUGUGGUUUUAACGGCUCACGAAGUGAUUCCAGGUGCUACCAAGAUUGUUCCGGUGGAGGCUGGGCCCCCGGAAACAGGAGCUGCAGACCCCGAGGCCGCGGCGGCCGACCUGGCGCCCCGGAGAGGGUACCAGGAGUACGCCAUCCAGCAGACACCCUAUGAGCAGCCCAUGAAGUCGAGCAGGCUCGGGCCCACCCAGCUCAAGAUCUUCACCUGUGAGUACUGCAACAAGGUCUUCAAGUUCAAGCACUCGCUGCAGGCCCACCUGCGGAUCCACACCAACGAGAAGCCGUACAAGUGCUCCCAGUGCAGCUACGCCAGCGCCAUCAAGGCCAACCUCAACGUGCACCUGCGCAAGCACACGGGCGAGAAGUUCGCCUGCGACUGCUGUUCCUUCACCUGCCUGAGCAAGGGCCACCUCAAGGUGCACGUGGAGCGCGUACACAAGAAGAUCAAGCAGCACUGCCGCUUCUGCAAGAAGAAGUACUCCGACGUGAAGAACCUCAUCAAGCACAUCCGCGACGCACACGACCCGCAGGACCACAAGGUCCAGGAGGCCCUGGACGAGCUCUGCCUGAUGACGAGGGAGGGCAAGCGGCAGCUGCUCUACGACUGCCACAUCUGCGAGCGCAAGUUCAAGAACGAGCUGGACCGCGACCGUCACAUGCUGGUCCACGGCGACAAGUGGCCCUUCGCCUGCGAGCUCUGCGGCCACGGGGCCACCAAGUACCAGGCGCUGGAGCUGCACGUCAGGAAGCAUCCGUUCGUGUACGUCUGCGCCCUCUGCCUCAAGAAGUUCGUCAGCUCCAUCCGCCUGCGCGCCCACAUCAAGGAGGCGCACGGGGCCGCCCAGGAGACCCUGGUCUUCACCAGCUCCAUCAACCAGAGCUUCUGCCUCCUGGGGCCCGGCGGGGACAUCCAGCAGGAGGCCCUGGGCGGGCAGCUGCAGCUGGUGGAAGAGGAGUUUGUGUUCCAGGGGGUGAACGCACCCAAGGAGGCGGCCGGCGCUGGGGACGCUCGUCCCGAGGAGGGGUCCGAGGUGCUCGCUGCGCCUGUGCGCUCGGCCGCCGCCCAGGCCGACAGAGCCGCCCCGGCACCCUGCGAGCUGGCGGCCUCCGCGGUGUCCUCGGACCUUCGUCCGCACGCGGUGGUUUCCGAUGAGCUCCUGUUGAAGAGUGAUCCCUCCUCUGCCGAGGCUCUGGCUGCUCCGGAGAAGACCUUGCACACCCAGCAGGGAGGCUCCACGCCAGCUCAGGGCCAGGACGUCGCACCACUGCUGUCCAAGGCCAAAGGCGCCGCAGCAAACCCGGAAGCCCAGGGCGCCGAGAGCCCCCCGGCUGAAGGGCAGCAAGUGGCUGACCUCCCAUCCGACGGCCCAGAUGCCGGCAGGGGUCUCAGGGCAAACCCAGCAGAGGCCUCAGACCCUCCUCCGGGAGCUGGUGGGAGGGACGCGGCCCUGUGCCGGCCUGACUCUUGCACGCCCGCCCCCGAGCACCGGGCGGGCAUCACUGCGUUCAUGAAGAUCCUGGACAGUUUACAGAAGAGGCGCAUGAAUACCGGCCUGUGCGAGAGGAUCCGGAAGGUGUACGGUGACCUGGAGUGCGAAUACUGUGGCAAACUUUUUUGGUACCAAGUGCAUUUUGACAUGCAUGUCCGCACCCACACCCGGGAACAUCUGUAUUAUUGCUCCCAGUGUCAUUAUUCUUCCAUCACCAAAAACUGCCUUAAACGCCAUGUAAUUCAGAAACACAGUAACAUCUUGCUGAAGUGUCCCACUGACGGCUGUGACUACUCGACUCCAGAUAAAUAUAAGCUGCAGGCACAUCUUAAAGUUCACACAGAGCUGGACAAAAGGAGUUAUUCUUGUCCUGUGUGUGAAAAGUCUUUUUCAGAAGAUCGAUUGAUAAAGUCACAUAUCAAGACCAACCAUCCCGAGGUUUCCAUGAGCACCAUUUCCGAGGUUCUCGGGAGGAGGGUGCAGCUGAAAGGGCUCAUCGGAAAGAGAGCCAUGAAAUGCCCGUAUUGUGAUUUCUAUUUCAUGAAGAACGGCUCAGACCUUCAGCGUCAUAUUUGGGCUCAUGAAGGUGUGAAGCCCUUCAAAUGUUCUUUGUGUGAGUAUGCAACUCGUAGCAAGAGUAACCUCAAGGCUCAUAUGAAUCGUCAUAGCACUGAGAAGACCCACCUAUGUGACAUGUGUGGCAAGAAAUUCAAAUCAAAAGGGACACUGAAAAGCCACAAGCUCCUUCACACUGCUGACGGGAAGCAGUUCAAGUGCACGGUGUGCGACUACACAGCAGCCCAGAAGCCACAGCUGCUGCGGCACAUGGAGCAACACGCCUCCUUCAAGCCUUUCCGCUGUGCCCACUGCCACUACUCGUGCAACAUCUCGGGCUCCCUGAAGCGGCACUACAACAGGAAACACCCCAACGAGGAGUACACCAACGUGGGCACCGGGGAGCUGGCGGCCGACGCGCUCAUCCAGCAAGGUUGUUUGAAGUGUCCUGUGUGCAGCUUCGUUUAUGGCACCAAAUGGGAGUUCAACAGGCACUUGAAGAACAAGCACGGCCUGAAGUUGGUGGAGAACGAAGGCGAUCCCAAGUGGGAGCCAGCAACAGAAACUCCGGAGGAGCCCUCCACCCAGUACCUGCACAUCACCGAAGCCGAAGAGGAUGUCCAGGGCACGCAGGCAGCGGUGGCUGCCCUCCAGGACCUGAGAUACACCUCAGAGAGCGGUGACCGACUUGACCCCACGGCUGUAAACAUCCUCCAGCAGAUCAUCGAGCUGGGCACCGAGACCCACGACGCCACUGCCGUUGCCUCGGUGGUCGCCAUGGCGCCUGGGACGGUGACUGUCGUAAAGCAGGUCACGGACGAGGAGCCCAGUUCCAACCACACGGUCAUGAUCCAGGAGACCCUCCAGCAGGCCUCCGUGGAGCUGGCCGAGCAGCAUCACUUGGUGGUGUCCUCCGACGACGUGGAGGGCAUUGAGACGGUGACCGUCUACACGCAGGGCGGGGAGACCUCGGAGUUCAUCGUCUACGUGCAGGAGGCCAUGCAGCCCGUGGAGGAGCAGGCCAUGGGGCAGCCGGCCCCGGAGCUCUAGGGGGCACGCGGUGUGGGACAGCACCACAGGGCAGGGCUGCCGGCCUCUGCGGAGCCGCCGGGACACCCAGGGCGGGGAGGCCCCAGGGCAGUGCUCUCCGCAGCGCCCUCCUCUGCGCUGUCCGCCCCGGCGGCCGCGUGGGGCUCUCCUGGCCCCGCUUUGGGUGGGUGAGGGGUCAGCGUCACCAGCGACACGGGGUGCUGCCCCCGGCACAGGCACACACACCUUCCCCCGCGUCGUCUGCUUCCAGAAGGACCUGUGCCUCAACUCCCCAGACACAGCCCAUACCGCAUAGCCCCUUUGCUUCAAGCGUCGAACAGAGACCCCCAGUCCUCAUCAGCGUCUUCCCUGAAUCACAGCCCAACUCCUUGACCCCUGUCUAGGUGCCGGCUCUUUACCUGGGACUGCUCUGCAGCCUGGUAACCAGGAGACAGCUGUCAGAGAAAGUGACCUUACGGUUUUUGAAUCACCUGUGAGAGAAGAGCGGGGAGGGGUUAUCUACACAGUUCUACCCUCCUCAAGCAUCAAGGGCGCUUAUUAUCAUGUGAAGUAACUACUGUUUGAUGGCCCUCCCGCUCCCAUCACAGGUGGUGGUCUCAGCUUACUAUCUUGGAAUUCUUUUGCUUUCAAAAUAAAUGCACUUUCUCCUAUUCACCUCCUACUCUGAGGAGGUGGGGUGGAUAGAAUAAAAGCAUCCUCUGCCUGACUACUUCUGCUCCUCUGCUAGGUUGGUGGGUUUACCUUUCCCCUUCCCAAGUCAGAAUCUUGGAUCUGGACCCCACCCAGGACCGCCCCCUCUGAGACCCAGGACCGCCCCCUCUGAGACCCAGCACCGCCCCCUCUGAGACCCAGGACCGCCCCCUCUGAGACCCAGCACCGCCCCCUCUGAGACCCAGGACCGCCCCCUCUGAGACCCAGCACCUCCCCCUCUGAGACCCAGCACCGCCCCCUCUGAGACCCAGCACCGCCCCCUCUGAGACCCAGCACCACCCCCUCUGAGACCCAGGACCACCCCCUCUGAGACCCAGCACCACCCCCUCUGAGACCCAGGACCACCCCCUCUGAGACCCAGGAUCACCCCCUCUGAGACCCAGCACCACCCCCUCUGAGACCCAGGCGCUUAAAACGUGACAGUGAUGCUUGUUCUCCCUCUGAAGCAUUAGCCUUGCUUUGGGGCCACUGUUUGAGGUUAACGGUCUUACGCCCCACGUCCUGGCACCUCGCAUUGGGUUUGCUGCAGCCCCUUCCCACCUUGGGAGGAGCGGUAAACCGACAGUCAGGAGCCUUCGUGAUGCUCUCUAGUCCGACUGACCUUUUUAGUCCUGGUGCUUGUGAUAAAUCCCGUACCUUUUGGCGCCUCUGCCGUGUGACAGCUUUGUGGAGGCACCGAGGCGAGCCCUACUGCCCCCGUCCAGCCCCGGGGUCUCCUGACAUUGUCACCCAGCAUCCAGCUCACUGAGGUCAAGAUCUUUUUUCUAUCAAAUGAAAUUUUAUUUAAUUUAUAGUGAUUCUAACCAAUUGUUUGAAUAAACCAUCCUUUUAAGUUGUAAAAUA